AUGAGUAACGUUGUGUUCGGAUCUGUUAAGGUUGGGUCAAGGAUUCCCCAAGAUGAGACUACUGAUGAAAGAGUGUUUUUUGCUCGUCGUCUUGCUGAAGAUGAGAAAAACCCAUCACUUAAUGUGGGUCCUAAUGGGAGACCUUUGUUUACUGAUAGAUACUAG